GAUGUUUGUCCAGUGCACACAGGACAGAAACCCAUUGCACUUGUGCAGGUAGCAAGCGAUGGUGAGGGGGUGACAGCUUCUGGGUAGCGCUGCUCCGCAUGGGAUGUGAGCUGCUGCCGUAAAGAUACUGGCACGUACUGUACCUCCAUGCGUAAUCCGAGCCUGGUGGCCACAGUGGCUUGUGAGGGAGCUCACAGGACUUCGUGUUUGAGGAUUAAAGAGCUGUGUGGUUCCUGGUUCUCAGACAGAAAGGUGCUCUGCAGCUUGUUUGAUGUGGCCUCCAGACGGGCCCACAACUUCCUCCUGCUGAGCCUGCGUCCAUGGAGACAGCCAGUCACACCAGACUGCGCUGGGAAGGGACGGCAGAGCACGAGAGCGGCUGGUCGGAAGGGUUUGGGCUCAGUGGGAGGCUCUCCUCUGCACCCCGUGGUGGUCUGUUCGCCUCUGUGGUCAGCCAGCCUUGCUUGACCCACAGGGGAUGGGCUCCCAUGGCUUAGCUCUGGCACCUCCAGCCAAGAAUGUGGUGGUGUAUCGCAACGGUGACCCCUUCUUCCCCGGGAGGAAAAUUGUCGUGAACCAUCGGCGGUUCCUGACCUUUGAGGCGUUUCUGAAUGAGGUGACCAAAAGCGUUCGUGCGCCCUUGGCUGUGAGGAACCUCUACACACCCAGGCACGGCCACCGCAUCGCUGAGCUGCGGGACCUGCAGGACGGGUGCCAGUAUGUGGCUGCGGGCUUUGAAAAGUUCAAAAGGCUUGACUAUUUAAGUCAUGGAAGGAAGGAGCUCUGUGGGACAAGGAACAGUGACGGUCUGCAGUUCCACACGGUGGCUCCCUGGAAGUCGAAUGUCCCCGCACGAUGGCAGAAGCACACCCACCUGCCCUGCAUGAUACAUGUUUUCCGGAAUGGGGAUCUGCUGAGCCCUCCUUUCCCGCUGCUGCUCUCCAAGAGCACCCCACUGCAGUGGGACACGCUCCUGGCCACACUGACAGAGAAAGCCAACCUGCGUAGUGGAGCUGUUAACAAGCUCUGCAGGCUGGACGGAACCCAGGUGUCUGGUGGGGAGGAGCUGGUGAGUGGCGAUUACUACGUGGCAGUGGGAAAUGAAGAGUACAAAAAACUGCCUUACUUGGAGCUGCUGGUGCCCCGGGAUUCUGUGUGCGGGAAGCUGUGGUACGGACUUCAGAGAAAUCACAAAAGACUGUGGCAGAGGAAAGGGAUGCCAGCAGCUCUGAGGAUGGAAAGCACCAUACGAUGUUGCCCUUGGCAGCAAAGAGCUCUGAAGAGUUCGCAGAGGGGGUGUGAUGGGAGAAGUGGGACAGUCAGGUACACAGCUAUCCGCACAGCUGUGGGUAACAAAAGCAUGUGAAUGGUGGAUUUCUGUAAUGCCACAGACCCGCCAAGCUCUUUGAUGAAUUAACAAACUCUUCUAAAGUCGAGCAUCCCCAUCACCUAGGCUUGAGAAGCAGAGUACCAGUGAGCAAUGAAUCAGAUGCGCGAUGUUGUUAAUAAUGAAGAUCUUCCCUCUUUCCUCAUCGCUGUGGUGUGAUGAUGUGGCAGAAGAUAUGGCUGCUUUUCUGAACUCUAAUUCGGCUGGUCAGUAUCUGAACUUGGGACGGAAGAAUUACUGAACAGAAUACAUGCCUUUAUAACAAAAUGCCUGUCAAGAAGUUUGUUCUAUGUCAGAUACUUCUUAUAAAGAGAUUUCAUCGCAUCGUUGUCAGUCUGACUUGGAACGCUUGGAUAACGUUUGCAGCCAUCAAACCUGUUCCCAAAAAUAUAUACAUCUUGUUUCUGUCAUCUUGUUCUAGGAGCAUCUCCCUGAUUUAGGAAAAGUCAUGGUAAUCAACAGAUCUUGUAUUAACCCUCUCUCUCUGUGCCAGGCUUUCUGUAGUUCCCUCCCUAGACUUCCUGAUGAA